AUGGAUCGAAUCAAGGAGCUCUUCCGUUCCAGCCCCGACUAUGAGCCUAUUCCGCGCGGUGGAGAAAGAGAAAGAGACAGAGACGAAGAGAUUGUGCACAAUGUUCCAGAAGACGACGAGGUCGCAGCGCCAUUUUCAUGGAUCGAAUAUGGUAUCUUCCUGCUAUUGGGGAUUGCAAUGUUAUGGGCCUGGAACAUGUUUCUGGCCGCAGCACCGUACUUUCAGCACCGUUUCCGAGCCAGCGAAUGGAUCCUGAAUCAUUUCCAGGCCGCGGAGGUCUCCGUGUCGACCGUUACAAACCUCACCUCGAUGAUAGCGUUGACAAAACUACAAAAGGGGGCGUCAUACCCACGGCGGAUAACGGCAUCACUGCUCAUCAACACAGUGGUAUUUGGGGUCCUGUCGUUGUCAACCCUGGUUCCCACCCCGGCAAGAGUCUACUUUGGCUUCUUGCUUGUUGCCAUCUUCACCGCGAGCUUCUCGACCGGUCUGAUCCAAAACGGGCUGUUCUCCUUCGCAUCGGGCUUUGGAAGAAGCGAGUACACUCAAGCCAUUAUGACUGGUCAGGCGGUCGCAGGAGUCCUACCGCCCCUCGCCCAAAUCAUUUCGGUGGUUGCGGUACCUGCAAAGAAGCCAGGUGAUGCAGACAGUGCUGAUGAGUCUCCCACCUCUGCACUGGUCUACUUCUUGACCGCCACCGCCAUCUCAGUCAUUGCUUUGCUUGCUUUCUUCUAUCUUCUGAAGAAGGAAAGCCAGGCCCGCGCCCUUAGUUCCGCAUCCAAAUCGACCGCAAAUGAGAGCUCGGAGGGAGAUAUCCUGACCGGCAACGCACGAGCGGCCGGAAGCACUGAAAAUCUCGAGCCUCCUGAGCGACCGGAGGUGUCACUCACAACACUGUUCAAGAAGCUACCAUUCCUUGCCGCGGCGGUUUUCGUCUGCUUCGCCGUCACCAUGGUCUUUCCCGUCUUUACUGCUUCGAUCCUGUCGGUCAGAGGCAUCGACUCUGCGGUAUUCAUUCCUACAGCCUUCUUGCUGUGGAAUAUAGGGGAUCUACUGGGUCGGUUGGCAACAUUGUGGAAACGGGUCUCUUUGGCCCAUUAUCCGUUUGCGCUUUUCUGCCUAGCCAUGGCAAGACUGCUAUUUAUUCCAUUGUAUUUCCUUUGUAAUAUCAAGGGCAAAGGGGCCAUUGUCAACAGUGACGUUUUCUAUCUGGUCAUUGUUCAAUUCCUCUUCGGUCUCACAAAUGGAUAUCUCGGCAGUGAAUGUAUGAUGGGCUCCGGAGACUGGGUUGCUCCGGAAGAACGCGAGGCGGCAGGCGGGUUUAUGGGAUUGAUGCUUGUUAGCGGUCUCACUGUCGGCAGCCUGCUCAGCUUCUUGCUAGGAGACGUCUAA